AUGUCUACUACAACAUACAAAUCAAGUCCAUCAUGCGCUAAAGUCUUGAUGCUACAUGGACACGGCCAAUCUGGUCAAUUCUUCCGAAGCAAGACUCGAUUUCUGCAACCAAAGGCAAAGCAACUUGUGCUCAACGCGUUGCAACAGGAUCCAUCCCAAGGUCAAGUUGAUGUCGUCGAGUUUCAUUAUCCAUCAGCUAAGCUGCCUGUCAAUCCGGAUAAGCCUCAAGGAGAAGAAAAUCACACAUGGGCAUGGGGAUACGGCGAUAUCGACGAAGACCGGAUCCGGGGUCUAGAAAAAUCCAUCAAAAGCAUCAUGCGAUACAUGAGCAAGUAUGGCCCUUUCAUUGGGGUCAUGGGAUUCUCAACAGGCGCGACCGUUGCUGCUAUCAUUACUUCGCUUUUGGAGAAGCGGAAGUCGCUUUGCAACUUCGAGUUCAACACUAGCCACCCUCCAUUGGAAUUUGCGGUGUCUUUUUCUGGUUUUACACUUGCCAAUCCGUUCUACGACCCAAUAUACAGCCACAUUACCACGCCAUUUCUGCAUGUCAUUGGUACACUGGACACGAUGAUUCAGGAUUACCAAUCUUCAAGGCUCCAAGAAUGUUGCGAAAAUUCUUUCACGCACUACUUCAUGGGGGCACAUUAUGUACCGCGCUCUGAGGAAUUCGUGGGAGCCUUGGGUAGAUUCUUCGAGGAGGUCUUGCUUCUCAAAAAAAACAAGGAACAGAGUCUUGAAGAUGACCAGGACGAGGCUUGGGAAGACUGUGAGGACUGCGAGGUUGAUGCACUUUAG